UUCACUCCUUUACAAAUCUUAAGCAAUCCCUCCGGAAUUCAAAAUCUUACGAUGGAUCAUAUUAAUGCAGGUGGUCUAAUCAAGAGUGGCGUGCGCAUGGGCGUAAACAUGUACUUAGACCAUAAGGCCAAGAAAACCUGUGAACGUAUUUUGAAAGUUCAAUUCCAAAAGCUCGUGAAUCAGGGUUACUUGUCAGUUAUUGGGGACGACGGUUUACAACUUACCGACAAAGCAUUGAAUGAAAAAAUCGGUUUGAUGGCUUAUUCAGAUAUGCAGGCAUACAUGCAGAUGAACAAUUUUAGUGUAGAGGAAGUUGCCAUAGUAUCAGGAAUACGUGUGCAAAUCUGGCUGAAUAAAAAAUACCAGUCGUGGGAUAAGAGAGUCGGAGGUGCAUGGCCAAAAACUGCAGACUUUGCAAGGCGUAUGAGACAAAGAUCAAGUGAUGCAUUGAAUCGUUGGUACGCUCCGCAUUCCAGUGGUGCCAAACAAUCAUUAAAUCAAUCCAUGGCAUAUCUACUUAAUGCAGAGGCAGCAUUAGGUGACAGUCCCAAUGCACUAAUAAUUGUAACUCGCAUUAUAGGUCUUGCACAGAUAUGUGGAAUAUCAGAGAUCGGUUUAGUGGACAUAAUGGAGGGCUUGUCAAUGUCAUUUAUAUUCGAGACGAUCGGACGCGUUGUUGUGGCCGGAAUGCGCGGACAGCAUCCAUCUGAAGUAUACAAUAUCGGUUUAGGGAUACGAGGAAGCUCAGAAAAUGUGCACAAAAAUUUCGUGACAGAAGCGGGGGGAUUCAAAGGACAACGAGAAGUUAUUGGAAAAUAUACAGGUGGUAGAGUAACUCUAAAUUCAAUUGUUGCCGAAGUAGUAAUGAGAAAUCAGCUAUAUGAAGGAGAGGAAAUUUGGUGUAUGAGCGGAUGGGCAGAAGCUUUAAGAAGACGCACAAUAAAAUUAAAAGAAGAUACCGCAAUCGACAUUCAUGGCAACCUGCUACGAUGCAAAAAUAGGCUCAAAGUAACCUUAAGUAUUAAGAAAGUCAGAGGAGUGCCGAUGGCCAAAAUUAAACGAGUCGGUCCUCUUCAUGCCUCUGACAUGUUGUGGGGUGGCAUCACUGGUAUUGCAUGUUCGUGUACAAGCCCUGAUCCGCGUAAGAAACUCAAAGGAGGAGACCGUGUGGGUAAAUUGAAAGUAAUUUUUAGAAAGAUUGAUCCUUUAAGCAUGAAACCUGUUCCUCGACAAUCCAUUGUUGUGUAUGAAACUUAUGGAGAUGGAAUUGCGCACCUAUUUCUUUCACAUUGCAUAACUAGUGCGUAU